UUCUCCAAUGGGAAAAUGAGGCUCGGAGUUUUGCUAGGCCUACUUGUUGAAUUGAUAUUCACCGGCGUUCUCACAACUUUGGUUUUAACCCUAACCCAUUCGCAUAAGGAGCGGUCUUUGAUUGUAGGCAUCAUAUGCAUUUUGUUCAACGUCAUGAUGUAUGCUUCCCCAUUGGUUGUAAUGAAAUUGGUGCUUACCACAAGAAGUGUGGAGUAUAUGCCUUUUUCCCUCUCCUUCAUUUCCUUUGUCAAUGGUCUUAUCUGGAGUACUUAUGGUCUUAUUCAAUUUGACCCCUUCGUCCUUGCACCCAAUGUGGUGGGAACAAUGUUUGGGCUGGCCCAAUUGAUUCUCUAUGCCACUUUCUACACAUCAACAAAGCGACAGAUUGCAGAAAGGAAGGACAAAGCUGGCCAGGUGGAUCUGUUAGAGCUGGUUGUGGAUGGAGAAGACACUAAGAAGGUUGGCAGUGCAUCUUAG